CAGAGAAUCGUCUCCGGACAGUGCUUGCUACUCAGAUCGGUGGAGACGAAUCGGUUCACACAUCGAUGGAGGCGGUUCCGCCGCUACAGCUUUUCGAUCGCCGUCGUGAGAGGGAUGGAUCCGCAGCCGUUUCUAAUCGAUCGUCGUUGUGUGAGGGACGGAUCUGCAACCGCAGGAUUACUGGAGACGAAUAUGCCGCCGGGAAGCAAUUGAUGUGUGGUCUACUACUAUUGCUACUACUACUACAAACCGGCCAUGGAGAUUGUUGUGUCGAAGAAGAACGACUGGCUCUACUACAUAUCAUGGCGCACAUGAAAUCGUUCGAUCAAUGGAAUAACAACAGCAUCUGGUCCAACUUUGACGGGAGAGAGAGAUAUAAAUGUUGUGCUUGGGAUGUGGUUCGGUGCAAUCCGUUGACCGGACGUGUAAACGAGCUAAAACUUGGCUCAUUGGUGGGGAGGGAUUAUGAUGAUUCCCCUCAAAAUUUCAUGUUCAACAUGACACUGUUUCGGCCUUUUAGUCAGCUGAUGAGCCUCGAUUUGUCGCAGAAUUACAUCAAUGGUUUCGUAGAAAGCAACGAACUAGCGGAUCUAACACAGCUGCAAGUAUUAGACUUGCAAGACAAUCAAGCAAGUGGGGCCUCAUCCAUUGAAGUACUUUGCAAGUUGAAGAAUCUUAAAGAAUUGCGUCUGGGAGGAAAUUUGUUUUACGGAGACAUUGAUUCAUCAUGUCUCCUCCGCAACUUGACCUCCCUCAGAGUUCUAGAUCUUUCACUUAAUAAUUUCACGGGAAAGAUAGCCUCUACACUUGCAAAUCUUACAUCCCUACAAUACUUGGACCUCUCAGACAACAACUUUGAAGACACUGUAUUUCUGAGUUCUUUUGCCAACUUCUCAAAGCUCGAAACUUUAGCGCUAUCAAGAAAUCGGCUGCAAGUCCAAACAGAAAAUUCAUUAUGGCAACCCACUUUUCAGUUGCAAACCCUUAAGUUAGACGGUUGUAGUCUAAACAAACCAGAAGGAGCUUUUCCUAGAUUUUUGAUGCAUCAGUAUAAUCUGAGUCGCAUCAAUCUCUCCCAUAAUGACUUGGUGGGGACCUUUCCUACUUGGUUGUUGACCAAUAACUCUCAUCUUAGCUCUUUGUAUCUAAAAAACAACCGUCUUGCAGGAAAUCUUCACUUUCCUGUCUAUGCUAAUUUUUCCUUAUCUGAACUCGAUGUUUCGAGUAACGAGUUUCAAGGAAAAAUUCCUGAAAACAUUGGCCACAAGUUCUCCGGAAUUUGGUGUUUAAAUAUGUCCGGGAACCAUUUUGAAGGGAAUAUCCCCAUUUCAGUUGGUCAUUUAAGAAAUUUACGAUUUCUAGGUUUGUCGCGCAAUAACCUAUCAGGAGAAUUGCCAAGACAAUUGCUCAGUGAUUGUGGACUCUUAACGGUUUUGGAUCUAUCCGGUAACCGACUAGAAGGAGACUUAAUCCCAGAGCAUAUGAACCUAACAGAGUUGGUCUUCCUAAAGCUAAGCAACAAUAUGUUUGGUGGAACAGUUAAGGGUGCACUCUUAGAGGCUUUGGGUCAAUCACCCUACUUGAAGUGCUUGGAUAUCUCACACAAUAAGAUAAUUGGUCAGCUCCCUAGGGGGAUCGGAAACUUGAGCAACUUGCAAGUCUUAUCAGCAUCAGGGAACUUAUUGGAAGGCCAAAUUCCGACAGAAAUAUGCAACCUUUCAUCCCUACAAUACUUGGACCUCUCUCAGAAUAACUUUUGUGGACCAAUUCCUUCAUGCUCCAAUUUCAUGUAUUUAGAGUAUAUCCAUCUGGACAAGAACCGCCUCACAGGGCAAUUGCCACAUGAGUUGUCAAGCUGCUCGAAUCUAAAACUACUCGACCUGAGGUAUAAUCAUCUUUCAGGCAAUAUUCCGUCAUGGAUAUACAUGCUUUCAAGCUUAACAAUGCUCUUGUUGGGAGGCAACAAUCUUCACGGCCGAAUUCCACAUCAGAUGUGUCAGUUAACAUCUCUCAAUCUAUUAGACCUAUCAAGGAACAGGUUAUCAGGUGGUCUACCUGUAUGCUUCGGGAAUAUGUCACUUGGGAUGAGAAUGUUUGAUUAUCACGACCACCAAUUGUAUUAUGGGACCACCAUAUUUGGCGUUUAUAUUAGAUAUUCUGUUAAUCCUAUAACAUUAGUAGUUCAGUUCCUUGCGAAGAACAAUCAUCUUUCCUACAAAGGUAGCAAUCUUCAGCUUAUGUCAGGAUUUGAUUUGUCUUGCAACAAUCUCACUGGGGUCAUUCCACCAGAACUGGGACACUUGACAUAUGUCCAUUCGAUUAACUUGUCACAUAACUUCAUAUCCGGAUCCAUCCCAAACACCUUCUCCAACUUGAAGCAGAUCGAGAGCUUGGACCUCUCUUUCAACAACUUGAGUGGCACAAUCCCUUAUCAACUUGUGGACCUUAACUUCUUGGAGGUCUUUAAUGUGUCCUACAACAACUUGACCGGAAGAACACCUGAUACAGGACAGUUUGCUAGCUUCGUUGAAAGCAGCUAUCUCGGAAACCCCGGACUCUGUAUCUAUGCCGUGAACAAACCUUGCACCCCUGAAAAUGAGAUGCCUCCCUCUAGUCCCAGUGAAGAAGAUGACGGAGAUGCAGGGAUCAUCGACAUGGGAGACUUUCUAUGGAGUUUUGGGGUGUCCUCUAUCAUAAUGUUCUUAGCAACAAUUGCAAUCCUCUGCAUCAACCCUCACUGGCUUAAUUUUGUUGACAAGUAUAUUCUUUGGCGUUUGCCAUUCCCAAUGCCAUAGUUUGUCUUUUGUAUCUCAAAAGUAUAUUAUAUUUGUAGUGUAAGACUUUAGUAGGUACUCUGUAUCUUGUUGCAGAGUAAUAAAUUGAUGUAAUAAAACACUUUUAAUUCUCUAUGAUAUGAUUUUGUGUUACAAUGCACAAAAGAAAAAAGGGAUUUGGUU